UCACCCAUUGUCCCAGAAAACAAUUUCCUCGCAGAGGAUAAAAAUUAAUUAUCGUGGAGCAGUAAUCUUUUCGACUGAGAAAAUCGUUUAGUUUCAAGCUCAUACUGUGAACUAUUGUCUGCGAUUGUUUCCUCAGAUUUUCAAUAGAUUUCCACUCCUGACAACCAAAGAAAAAUUCUCAUUUUACACUAUUUGGCGUUCUUAUUCCACUUUAUUUGCAUAAAGCUGACAGCGUUAAAAUAGCCUGUAGUUCACAGCAAUAGGCAGAGAAAAGUAAGCUGGAAAAACAAUACUGAGUACCUUAUUGACUUGACAUAUCUUUUUCAUCUAUUUCCCAGUCAUCCGUGAGUUGAAACUGAGCAAAAUGACCGUCGUGUGAGAUGGCCGAUCCAAGUGGCAACUUAGCAGAUACGACCAGGGGUAUUCGCACGACAUUUGGAAUUAUUUUUCUAGUGAUUGGACUCGUUGCCUCGGCAGGAAAUACUUUUAUACUUUACGUUGUCAAAAGAGAUCCCUUAAAAUGCUUCAACAAACCUACAAAUGUUUUCAACAUCGCAUUAACCGUGGCGCACCUCUUCGCUGGAGUGGUCGUCCUGCCAUUUACUGGCGUUUUAAAUAUUCUCAGAGGACAACGCUCGACAGAGAGGUCGCUUUCAUCAGCAGUGAUUGACCUAGACGCGUUUUUGGUGAAUUUCAUUAUAGCUACUGCGACGGUGUUAUUGUUUACUAUAUCAACUGAAAGAUGUGUCGCUGUUCUUCACCCGCGAUUUAGCACAAAAUGGUUGACGCUUAAGCGGGCAAAAGUCGUGAGCAUUACAGCCGCUGUUACGUGUUUCUUGUUUUGCGCUGUUAUGUUUCUUCCCAUCUCAAAGACUUCCUUUUACAUGGUUUACCUUCAUAUAUUUAUUUUGCUUCCAGUUUGUGGCAUCCUCGCAUCAUGUGCGGCGAGAUUAAGAAAUUUUAAGAAGCACGCUCGCGUCUCGGCAAUCAACAGUGGUCUGCCAAUCGCUCAGUUGUUUGCCCGUGAAACAAGGAAAAGAAAUUCUCAGCUGGUUUACAAACUGUUGGUCACUUUAUUUAGCAUUCUACUGCCAGUGUUGCUCUCCCUGUUUCUGUUUUACGCCAUAAGACUCGUGGAAAUAACGUGCGAUGAUGGCUGUGUCAACGAAAGAUGGUUCGUGGUUCUUAGCAACGUCGUUUUAAUGCUGUUGUUUUUGAGUGCUGCUCUUAACCCUCAUGUACUUGUUUUAAGAAUUCCUGAAUACUCGCGAUCGAUAAAGCACAUCCUUAGGUUACGGUAAUUUACUAACUUUGAAGAUUUCUGUAUUGCAUGCUCUCGACAAACCGCGUUUUGUAGCCAUUUUAAAAAUUUCUUUCCAUGGUUUGUACAUAGUUUUAUCCGGCUAGUACUUAAAGUUCACUGAAACGUUCAUUUUUCAAGAUAAAUACAUAGCACUUUCAUUAAUUUACAAAAAGAACGCGUAAUGAAAGAUAAAGAAAGAAAGAAUACAAGAGUACGCGGUAAUGUUUAUCAUACAGGUCUACAAUACUCAGUAGCUUAAUUUGUAGCAUUUCAUAAAAAAUUAAUAAUGAUUCAGUUCAAAAUUUGCUGUGCAUCAAUCUGAUUGGCUUCGA